AUGGCUGCUCUUGCCUCAUUUACACGUAACAGUCGAAGUUAUGGACAACAGCCAAUUGAUGUCACACAGCAGGGUCAACGAGACAGAAGUGUAAUGAGUCUGGAUGCACAAGGAAGAUCUGUUUCUCAUGAGUGUCCAACAUCAACAACACUCGUCAGGCAGCUCUAUCUGCCUCAGAUUCCACAAUCGGCGUCAUUCGCCGCGGCGCCAACUUCAUUUUCUGGAGCAUCAUCUUCGAGUUCUAACCAUCAUCAUCCAGUCUAUCAUUCACAAAAUUCGUUACCACCAACUCUCAUCGGAGGUUCUCCACAUUCAGCCAGCAGUAACAGUCUUGUACAGGGUCAUCGUAAUCCGGCACUUGGAUCAGGGAACACACUCACUCGAAGCUAUCAUCAACCAUCGUCAACCAAUUCAUCUACAAACAAUCUCUACGGACCAUUAGGUAGCAUUUCGCGUGAUUUGAAGCAAGCAAUUCGUGAUAUAUCUCCUCCAGUUAUCAACUCUUCUGCCAAUCCACAUCUCGUCAACUACAUUCAAACAUCAUCUUUUGACAACGGAUCAUACGAGUUUCCAAGUGGACAAGCUCAACAACAACGUCGUCUUGGAGGAUCUCAACAACAUUUAGCUCCACUUCAACAAACUUCUUCUUCACUUUAUUCAAAUCCACAAUCAUCAAGUUCCCAACUUCUUGGUCAGCAAGCCGUUCGACCGAACUACGCUUAUCAGCAGUCUCUGCCACGUCAACAACACAUCAAUAGUCAUCAGACCCAAGCUUUUUUUGGAACAGUGAGAGCAGCACCAGUGAAUUCGACGAAUAUUGUCACACCACUACGUGCAUCUAAAACAAUGAUUGACGUAUUAGCGCCAGUGAGAGAUUCGGUGGCAGCACAGGCUACAACAGGAGCACUUCCAAGUGUUGGAACCAGUUCUUCUAAUGGCUCGUCCAACUCGUCAUCUGGUGUUGGAUCCGGUGGAUCUGGAAGUCUGAUGACGCAAUCGAUCGGUGGACCCAACAAACAUUUGUCGGCGUCGCAUUCAACGCUCAAUACUGCUUCAACACAUGAUUCGAUGAUGCACGCCAAAAUUCCAAAAAGUCCAAGCAAUGAGAGUUUAAGCCGUUCACACACAUCUUCAUCGGGAGGCAGUCAAGGCGGACAUAACUCAAAUUCUGGCUCCAAUUCAGGGUUCCGACCGGAAGACGCCGUUCAGACGUUCGGUGCCAAGUUGGUGCCGUACGAGAAAAAUGAGAUAUACAACUAUACACGGGUUUUCUUCGUUGGAUCACACGCCAAAAAACAACCUGGAGUAAUCGGAGGUGCAAAUAACGGUGGAUACGACGAUGAAAAUGGGUCAUAUCAACUUGUUGUUCAUGAUCACAUUGCCUAUCGAUAUGAGGUGCUCAAAGUUAUCGGAAAAGGUUCUUUCGGACAGGUUAUCAAAGCAUUCGAUCACAAAUAUCAACAGUACGUUGCUUUGAAAUUAGUACGAAAUGAGAAGCGAUUCCAUCGACAAGCCGACGAAGAGAUCAGAAUAUUGGAUCAUCUCCGACGACAGGAUGCCGAUGGAACGCAUAACAUUAUCCAUAUGCUGGAUUAUUUCAAUUUCCGAAAUCACAAGUGCAUUACAUUUGAGCUGCUCAGCAUCAACCUUUACGAGUUGAUAAAGAGAAACAAGUUCCAAGGAUUCUCACUAAUGCUCGUGAGAAAAUUCGCUUACUCAAUGCUCUUGUGCUUGGAUCUUUUACAGAAGAACAGAUUGAUCCAUUGUGAUUUGAAACCAGAAAAUGUUCUAUUAAAGCAGCAAGGCAGAAGUGGAAUAAAGGUCAUUGACUUUGGAUCUUCAUGUUUUGAUGACCAGCGUAUUUACACAUAUAUACAGUCGAGGUUCUAUAGAGCUCCAGAAGUAAUUCUCGGAACGAAAUAUGGAAUGCCUAUUGAUAUGUGGUCUCUCGGAUGUAUUCUUGCUGAACUUCUGACCGGAUACCCUCUGUUGCCAGGAGAGGAUGAGAACGAUCAGUUGGCUCUUAUAAUUGAAUUGCUUGGAAUGCCACCACCGAAAAGUUUGGAAUCAGCAAAACGUGCGCGGACUUUCAUCACAUCAAAAGGAUAUCCACGAUAUUGCACAGCCACAUCAAUGCCAGACGGAUCUGUAGUUCUUGCUGGAGCCCGAUCAAAAAGAGGAAAGAUGCGUGGUCCACCAGCUUCACGAUCGUGGUCGACAGCAUUGAAAAAUAUGGGUGAUGAACUUUUCGUCGAUUUCCUGAAACGAUGCCUAGAUUGGGAUCCAGAGACCCGAUUGACUCCAGCCCAAGCCCUGAAACACAAGUGGCUCCGUCGCAGGUUACCUAACCCACCAAGAGACGGAAUGGAUUCAAUGGGAGGACUUGCAGACCAUGAGUGA